UAAUCUCUCUGUCCCUCCACCUCACUGACACCAGAUGUAUAUUUCGUUGUCCCUCAAUGUGUAAUACAUAAAACAGCAACCUCCAAAACAGGAGACACACAUUAUAUGGUAGUUCCAGAAAAAAGAUUGGACUGAUAUUACUACAGUCUUUUGAGGGUUGUCUAGCCUAUGGCCUUUUGAUGUUGGUCAUAUUUCCAGUUGUUCUUUCUAACUUGUGCUGCAUCAUGCUACCAUUCUAACCAGCUGUCUUGGCUGUAGCUGCAUGACUUUUGAUAAUCUUGCUUGACUUUAUGAAAACACAAGGAAAGCCAUAUUAUGGAACCUGCAGAACGAGCUUCAAGUUCCUAUCAGAGAAUGUCACCAAGAAACCUUGUUACGGAGAUACCUCCUGCAGAAGAUGAACUUCAUCCCGGAGAACUCAAUAUUGAACCAGUAAUUACAGAAGAAACCCAUACUCAAAAGAGACCCCCUAUGAAAAUAGUGUGGCGGAAUGUAAUAUUGAUGACGGUUUUACACCUCUCAGCCUUAUAUAGUCUUACCUUGUUACCAUUGGCUCAUUUUUAUACGCUAAUAUGGAGUUUAUGUGUUUACAUGUAUGCAGGUAUUGGUAUUACAGCUGGUUCACACCGCUUGUGGGCACACCGUGCUUAUAAAGCCAAGUUGCCAAUGAGGGCACUGUUAGCUUCCAUGCAAUCAGCUGCAUUCCAGAAUGAUAUUUAUGACUGGAGCCGAGACCACAGAGUUCACCAUAAGUAUUCAGAAACUGAUGCUGACCCUCACAACGCUAAAAGGGGCUUCUUCUUUUCUCACGUUGGCUGGUUACUUGUACGCAAACAUCCUGAUGUCACAGCCAAAGGUAAAUUACUGGACACCAAUGACCUGUUAAAUGAUCCAGUUGUUCAUUUCCAAAGGAAAUAUUAUGCCCUGUCGGUCGUCGUCUUCUGUUUCGCUAUCCCAACACUAGUUCCUUACAUUUUCUGGAAUGAGAACCUGUGGAAUGCUUACUUUUUGGCUGGUGUCCUGCGUUAUUGCUGUGGCUUGAAUGCCACCUGGCUAGUGAACAGUGCUGCUCACAUGUGGGGUUAUCGACCCUAUGACAAGCGGAUCAACCCAGCUGAGAACAUCUGUGUUAGCCUUGGCAGCAUGGGUGAGGGCUUUCACAACUACCACCACACUUUCCCACAAGACUAUGCGACCAGUGAAUAUGGUUGGCGGAUCAAUCUCACUACAUUUUUCAUUGACUUCAUGGCAUUUUUAGGCCAAGCCUAUGACAGGAAAACAAUUGACCGCGACACAAUUCGGCGGCGAAGAGACAGAACUGGUACCCACACCUAACUGCAACUCUUUCUCUCACUAUAUAUAUAUGUAUAUAUACAUAUAUAUGUCUUUCUCUCUCUCUUUCUCUCUGUAUCUUUCUAUUUUCUCCCUCUCCCCUACUACCCCUCUCUAAUCCCUUGUCCCCACCAAACCACUAUGUUUAUCUAUUAAAGCUUACAUACACUAAUAUAUAUUUAUAUAUAAAUAAAAACACACGUGCAUACUAAUUAUAUAUCAUUUAUGUGAGUUCCAAAGUUAAUCCAUGUUAGUGAAAUGUCUUCAAUUGCAACUGAGUUGACUAUUCUGCCCAUAGUGGUAUCCAGCACUCCUUCAAUCUAGCUAAUUUUUUUACUGUAAGCUCAACUUGGAAGGAAAAAGAAUGGGAUUGGACUUAGAGCCUUCGCUCAUGUUCCUGCAAAAGAAACGAUAUUGCAUUUCCAAGAGCAUUGCCAUUGUUUUGAUCUAAUCAUAUCCUGUGGCAAUUUGUUACCAAUCCAUGUCACAACUAUGCUACUUCAGAUCUGGAGUCACUUCAAAUAAUACUUAACUGUCUCUGUAAACCAAGCAGAAUCAGUGGCAUUCAUAAACUCUUCCAUUUUGGAAAAACGAUGCUAACCUUUCUCUCAUAGUCUGCUGUCAUCCGGACUUUUAGUUGUGUAUUUAUUUUGAGGCUUGUUCAGCUGCUCUUAAGGUAGCAUGUGUGAAGUGCUGCAUCUCGUCUGAUUAAGAAUGGAGGAACAUUCAAAUGUAUGAACAUAUAUAGUAAAAUUUUGAUACCAGAUUGUCUUAGUGUACCAAAGAUGUCGAUGUUGUUUUUCUAGUUUCUUUGAUCAGUCAAGAUGUCAUUCCAUGGAGCUUCUUGUGUUAUUUCCCAUCUAUACACUUCCACUAGGAACAGUUAUAGAUCUACUCAUGUCAGAAGCUACUUCCCCCUCUGGCCUGUUAUAUUGUUGAUUGUCUAUGGCCAUGUUGUACAGAUUAGAUGGUUGCCUUUGGCAUGUUGGAGAGUGAAGUAAUAGCUGAAAUUGAUGAGAGCACCUUCAUAAUGUUUGGAGGAACACACAUACGUGCAUAUUGUGUAUGUGCACACACAUACACACACACACACUCAUACAUAUACACACACACAUAUGUAUAUAAUCCUUCUCCCACCCCGUUCCCUAUCUUGUUUCACUAGGAAGAAACAUUUCUGUAUUGACGUCCAUCUGGCAUGCAGUCGCUUUUGUUGCAGCUGUUUCUGUCUUCUGCACUUUUACUGCAACACAGUCCUAGCUAAAAGUCAGAGAAAAAAAAACAAAACAAAUAAAAACAAUUUGAAGAGGAAAAACAACUGAAUGAAUAAAUAAAUAAAUAAAUAAAUUUUUAAAAAAAUUGACUGAAAAUCCAAAAAUGGUGAACAACAAUCCAGCAUCACAGCUCUUCCUUGCUUUCUACAAGCUGCUUCCUUAUCUCUUCUCUUUCUCCUAGCUUCAUCUUUUCAUCUCUGUCUUGCUCUUUCUGCCUCUAUUCUUUUCUCUUGCUCUAAAUUAUAUUUGCAUACACGUGUGUAUGUGUAUAUCAGUGUACGUGUAUUCAUCUCUUUCACUCCCAGUUUUUGUUUUCCUUUUCCUUUUUAUUUUCUUUUUUGCAAUCUUCUUACUUUUUCCUCUUUUUACUUCUCUUGUUCCUAACUGUUAACUUUUACCACCACCUUUCUUGUCCCCUCCCAUCUCUCUUUCUUCCUCUCUCUCUCUCUCUAUCUCUUUCACAAACACACACACAUCCACACACACACACACACAUCCACUUACACUACUUGUUUCUGGUUGCCCAUUGAAGCAAUGAGGACCAUUUCCUCUUUCGUUUGUGGAUCACUUGAUGAUAAUAUAUAUUUUCAGUCUUUGUUGAAUAGCUUUGGUUGAAGACAGAGCCUGUAAAUGCUUGCUUGGAGGAGGCAGUUGUAACCUUGCAUGCAUUCCUCUUCUCUUGCUUCUCCUGAUGGUGCUAGGUGUGUUUCUCUUCCAUGUCUUCAGUUUCUCCUUUCAACACUAAGACUGUCAAAGUGAGCAGCAAGGCAUGAGGUCUUCCACUGUUAAAGGGUUAAUAUGUCUCAACACCGUGGUCUUUGACCACCCUGUUGCAGGUUUCUUCAUUCGUUCCUGCUCUUACUUUAAAAUAGUUUGUUAGUGUGCCGGUAAGUGAUGGGAUCUUAGUCAGUGCCUGACUUAGUGUUUCAUUAAGGCUAUGGCAUUGACACAUAGUAAACUAUCACCUUGUUUCUCAUCAAGGAGAAUGCAAAGUGACAUUAGAUAUUCACUGAUGCCAAUCAGUGCCUCAGUCAGUUUGAACAGCUGACUGUCUCUCACAGCAAGGUUAACUCCAUAUUUGGGAUGUUUACUCUCAGUGUGGGCCCCCUCCAAGUAGUCUGGUCUUAUUGAAUGCAACAGUAUAGCCUCAAAGCUCACUAUCUACAAGAGCUGUCCUAUGCUAGGAUCAGUCUGUCCCAUAGCUAAUAUCAAGAAAUGUUUGUAUAUUCCACAUGACAAGUCUGAGGAUUUUUUUCAUAUUAUUUACUUAUUCAGUUGCUCAGUGGAUUUUCCUGACAAGUGUGUGAUUUCUUGUUCAGAGGCUGUGCUAAGUGGAUGAUGUUUGGAGCUACUUUCCCUUGACCUUUCUCCAGCUGCUGGUGCAAUAGGAUUACAUACCUACACACCACUUAUGUUAUAUAUAAUAUACUAUGAUAUAAUUUAAUAUAAUAUAUAUUAUACACUCACACACACACAUAUAUAAAUAUAUAUACAUAUAUAUAUAUAUAUAUAUAUAUAUAUAUAUAUAUAUAUAUAUAUUAUAUUCAUUCUCACACACAAACACUCUAGCAGCACCAUUUUCUAAGGUUUGCGGAAGUGAAACAACCUCAACAUGAUGUAACUCUGUGUGUAUGUAUGUAUGUAUGCAUGUAUGUAUGUGUGUGAUGUGUAUGCCACACCACUCCCUGUAUCAGUUCACUACAUACCACUUCCCAUUGUGUGGUGGGAAGGCAGGGACAACAAUAAGAUCUCUAGUUUUGUUCCUAGUUUUUGACAGCCAUCUUAAUUUUUGUUCAUUUCUCUUUGUUUUUUUUUAUUAAUUUUUUUUUGUUGUGUUCUGUUUUGUUUAGUUGUCUGUUAUUUUUACUUUAGCAUUUCACUGCAGUUAUAUUGUUGGUUGAAUAAAUUUUACUGACCUUUU